AUGGAGCCCGUUCCCGCAGACGUUCUUGCUGCGCCCGCCAGCGGCGGGGCGGGCGGCGGAGAUCUCGAGGCGGAGUUGGCGGAGAUCGGCGCGCAGCUGGAGGCGGUGGCGGCUGUGCGCGACGACCUGCGCGCGGCGGUGCAGCGGAUGGACGGGCUGACGCGGCAGCUGCAGUCGGACCUGCUGGGCGUGCAUCGGCGGCAGGAAGGCGCAGGUGGGUGGGGUGAGAGCAUGAGCGGAAGCUGGGGGGUGCAGGUGAGACUGGGGGGCGGAGCGACCAUCGGCGCGCAGCGGAUGGACGAACUGACGCGGCGGCAGCUACAGUCGAACCUGCUGGGCGUGCAUGGGCGGCAGGAAGGCGCAGGUGCGACGGGGGAGAGAGCAUCGAAUGAUUGCCCCGCUCUUCUCUCCCGCUCAUGUCAACCUUCUUUCCUCAAUCCCCAUCCCCCUCUCACCCCCCUCAGUGCAGCAGGCGAUACAGAAGGCGCGGGUGUAGUAAAUCUGUACCCAUCUGUACCCAUCCAAUACCGGUCCGAUCUUCCCCUCGAACCCUUGGCGCCCUUCUCUUCCCCACCCCCGCCCACCAAUCCCCAUCCCCCUCUGAGCCUCCCCGCAGUGCAGCAGGCGGUGCAGAAGGCACGGGAGAGCGUGCCAAAGCUGCAGGCGGCCUAUGCUGAGCUGGCAGCAAUCAUUGCUCGCCGCCCGGGCGAGUUCUACAGGUUCAGCGACCACUGGCGCAGUCAGAACCACACGGUGGUGUCCCAGCUGGCGUUCGCUCAUUGGCUGGACUCCGGAACGCUGCUCUCACACAAGCAACUAGAGGAGCAGCUACAGUGUAUCAAGUACGAUCUGAAGAAGGUGGAGGAGGUGGUGUAUGACGUGGAGAUGAGGUGCCCUGCCAGCAUGACUGCAUUAAGUCACUACUCCGCUCCCAUCACUCUAUGUGUGUGUACCUUUGACAUCCCCCCGUUACCUGCAAGCAUCAAGUACGAUCUGAAGAAGGUGGAGGGGGUGGUGUAUGACGUGGGAAGAGGCAUUAAGUACGAUCUGAAGAAGGUGGAGGAGGUGGUGUAUGACGUGGAGAUACGAGGGCUGGCGAAAACAGCAGCAGAGCCCAUGCAAGACACGUAG